UCACUAUCUAGUACUCUCAACACCUCCCCCCCACACCCCACCCUUCCACCCUGCAACCACUCAUGGAACCCUUAUCCCCUCCUAUUGAGAAGACAAUCACUACAGAUCACUUCUUCACCAUCGACACUUCUCGCCCUUUCCGGUCCGUCAAAGAAGCCGUCGCACUCUUCGGUGAGAGGUCUCUAACCGGCGGUGACAUAUACAUUCAAAAGACUUACACCAGUCCUAAACAAGCUAGAGAUGUUGAACAUUCAGUUGUGAAUACCUUGAAGAAGAUAGAAGCUGAAUUGAAAGAGACUAAGAGAGAAUUGAAGCUACUAAAGGAGAAAGAAUCAGAGACAGAGAUAGCAUUGGCUUCACUAAAUGCUGAGCUUCACAAGAACAUGUCUAAGAUGGCCAAAGCAGAAGCAGAAGCAGCAGCUAAGGCAGUUACAACAAAAGCUUUAGUUGUUAGGAAGGAUAGGGAGGAUGACACCAUUAAGGAAGAAGAAGAAAAAGGGGAAAAGGACCCAACAGUGAGGACACACAGCUCUGUAUCUCUAUCCAAAAUACUUAGUCUUGGGGAGAAAGAAGAUUAUUACUAUGAACUCACAAAGAAGCAAAAGAAGAUGAUGAAGAAGAAGCCUAUAGUUCCUCUUCUGGGAGAUAUAUUUAUCUCAAGGAAGAAAGGUUCCUCCACCACCCUCCACAAUCCUCUCUAUUCCACCUCAACACUAAAGUAUGAGAGAGGUAAAUUUUCAAGUUGAGUUUGUGUUCAAUUUGUACCCAUUUUUAUCAAUGAAGACUGUUUCAAGAUCAAGCUAACACAAGGUCUUCAACAUCAGAAUGGAAGGAGGAACGAGUGUUUAGUGUGCUUACUGAAGAUGGGUUUCAAUCAUGCAUUUGAGCUUGAUAAUUUUUGUUGCUGAUAAAAUUAAGAAAAACCUAUGGCCUCUUUUAUUGUUUUCCCAAGUGAUAUUGUUUUAUACCUCAAGGUUAAGGGGUCUUAUGGAUGGUCCAUUCACCCAAGCCCUCCUUGUGAAUCAGGAUCCUCUCCCUUGGGACAACCACCCCACCCCAUCUCAUCCGGAUCCCCUUCCCAUACCCCAUGGAUUCCAGCUACUGAACAAGUAGGUGACCUUAAUCAGCCAUGUUAUAUUUGGUGAUCCAACUCAUUGUAUUGUCGAUAACAAGCGUUUUCCUUGUAUUAUCAUUUUUUUUUUCUUCAAGAAUAUUAGAUUUUAUUAUGUUUUAA